CAGGAGGGUUCCUGCUGCUCUCUGCGUCUGGAUCCCCGAGUGCAUUUCGCCAGGGACCCCUGCGACACCUAGCGAUCUCCAGACUAAGGCUAGGGGCGCAUUCGAACCAGGAGAACGAGCUGGAAGCCUGUUCACCUCCCUCUGUUGCAAUUAGUGAACUUUAUAAACCUUCGAGAAGCGGACUAACAGCAUGCUUUUGGCCCAGAGGAGACUCUUCUCCCUUGGCUGCAGAGCAAAGCCCAUAAAGACAAUUUACUCUUCGAAAGUCCCCGGACUCUCCACUUCUGCCAAAAUGGCUUUGAAAUUCAAAAACGCCAAACGAAUCGAAGGCUUGGACAGCAAUGUGUGGGUUGAAUUUACUAAAUUGGCUGCGGAUCCUUCUGUUGUGAAUCUUGGACAAGGCUUUCCAGAUAUAUCCCCUCCUUCAUAUGUAAAAGAAGAAUUAUCAAAGGCUGCAUUUAUUGAUAACAUGAAUCAAUACACAAGGGGCUUUGGUCAUCCAGCACUUGUGAAAGCUCUAUCCUGCUUAUAUGGAAAGAUUUAUCAACAUCAAAUUGAUCCAAAUGAAGAAAUCCUUGUGACAGUGGGGGGAUAUGGAUCUCUCUUUAACUCCAUCCAGGGAUUGGUGGACCCAGGAGAUGAAGUGAUAAUUAUUGUGCCCUUUUACGACUGUUACGAGCCCAUGGUGAGAAUGGCCGGAGCAGUGCCCGUGUUUAUUCCCCUGAGAUCUAAACGUACUGACAAGACGAAGUGGACUAGCUCUGACUGGACGUUCGAUCCUCAAGAACUGGAAAGUAAAUUCAGUUCCAAAACGAAAGCCAUUAUAUUAAAUACUCCAAACAACCCCAUCGGCAAGGUGUAUACCAGAGAGGAGCUGCAAGUCAUUGCUGACCUCUGCAUCAAGCACGACACUCUGUGCAUCAGCGAUGAGGUUUAUGAAUGGCUUGUCUAUACUGGACAUAAGCACAUAAAAAUAGCCACUCUUCCAGGUAUGUGGGAGAGAACAAUAACAAUAGGAAGUGCUGGCAAGACAUUCAGUGUGACCGGCUGGAAGCUCGGCUGGAGCAUUGGCCCUGGUCACCUGAUAAAACAUUUACAGACUGUUCAGCAAAACAGUGUUUACACUUGUGCAACUCCUUUACAGGCAGCCUUGGCCGAGGCUUUUUGGAUCGAUAUCAACCGCAUGAAUGACCCAGAGUGUUACUUUAAUUCUCUGCCAAAGGAAUUAGAAGUGAAGCGAGAUCGGGUGGUCCGGUUACUCACCAGCGUUGGCCUGACACCCAUUGUCCCUGAUGGGGGUUACUUCAUCAUUGCUGAUGUGUCUUCAUUAGGUCCCGACCUCUCUGACGUGCAGAGCGAUGAGCCUUAUGACUAUAAGUUUGUGAAGUGGAUGACGAAAAAUAAGAAACUGUCAGCCAUUCCUGUUUCCGCAUUCUGCGACUCCCAGUCUAAACCACACUUUGAGAAGUUGGUGCGGUUUUGCUUCAUUAAAAAAGACAGCACACUGGAUGCUGCAGAAGAAAUCUUCAGGGCAUGGAACAGCCAGAAGUCUUGACUUGUGCAGGUGCCAGGGCUCAAUCUGCUUGCAAGGACUUGCUACUCAGUGCUGCCACCUGGUGGGCACUAAAAAGAAAAGCGUUUCAGGACAAAGAUUUAAAUAAACAUUUCCUUUGUCUCCAAAGUUAACCACA